AUGACGGUGUUUCAGAGCGAUGAAGUCCGGCAGAAACCAUCAUCGGGAAAUUCAUGUGGCGGCGACAGCACCGAAAAGGGCUCCUGGCACCAACAAACCUGCCCAACGCUGCUCGAUAUUGAAGCAAAUCUUUCCGUAGACCACCACCACUGGAACGUAUGGCCGAAUGACGUGAAAGAACCGAUCGUAGAAACCAACCAGGGAAAACUUAAAGGGCUUCUCACAAGCGUUCAUGGCAAACCGGUUCAAGUUUAUUACGGAAUUCCAUACGCGGAGCCCCCUGUGCAUCAACUGCGCUUUAGGAAACCUGUGCCUGCCAAGCCAUGGAAUGGCACUUUGGACGCCACACGGAAGAAACACUCUUGCCUCCAGCAGUUCUACCCAGAGGUAUUCCAUAUUGAAACGGAUCUAUCCGAAGACUGCCUCUACCUGAACGUCUGGACAACCAGCACAACGAAACCGACAAAAUCGGUCAUAGUGUGGAUUCACGGCGGAGGCUUCUCCUUCGGCAGCUCGUACCAGAGCUGGUACAACGGCUCUCUGCUUGCAACGAUGCACGAUGUCGUAGUCGUGACCAUCAACUAUCGCAUCGGCAUCUUCGGCUUCCUGAACGCCGGUGUUCCAGAGGCUCCUGGCAACAUGGGACUCCUGGACCAGAACUUGGCACUAAAGUGGGUGCGCGAAAACAUCCGGGCGUUUGGCGGGAAUCCGUCCAGGGUGACCAUCUUUGGAGAGAGCGCGGGUUCUUACAGUGUGCACGCCCACAUUAUCUCUCCACUAAGCAGGGGUCUCUUCCAGAGAGCGUUUCUCAUGAGUGGCACAUACCAUUCCUUUGGUCUCCUGGACACCGUGUUCGAGAGUUCAGUCCGAGGGAGUAAGGUAGCCGCGAGGCUGAAGUGCACGGGAGCGCUUCGGGACCUGACCAGUCAUCCGGACACAGUCCUCGAAUGUCUACGCACGAAGUCCACCAAAGCGAUAUUCGAAGCCGUGAAGAAUGUAAGCGGCCGUAAAAUGGUUUCGUUCUUGCCAUCCUAUCCGAACGAGUUCUUUCCAAUCCGACCUAGCUUGGCACUGAGGCAAGGUCAGUUCGCAGACGUGGACGUCAUGGUCAGCAUCACGCGUUCGGAAGGCAACGUAAUUUUGUUACCGCAGACCGACAAACGUUUCUGGGACGAAGAUCUGAAGGACGUUCGCGUCGAGGACCUGAAGCCGGCUCUUCGGAAAAUGGUAGCCCUGUGGAUGAAGGAGGAGUACGAAGACUUGCUCGAGUAUUACGCGGCACAGGCGGGACAGCACGACAAGCGGGCAUUGAGGGAGAAGCACACAGACUUUGUGGGGGACUUCUACUUCGUGUGCCCCUCGAAAUACUUUGCCGAAGGUCACUCUGCAAGGGGAAACUCUGUGUACUCCUUCCUGUUUGGUCACAGCUCCGCCAAGUCGAGGCUCCCGAAAUGGAUGGGUGUCCCGCACGUGCUUGACCUUCCGUACUAUUUCGGCGUGCCUUUCAUGGAUCACGGCAACUACAGUGACGAAGACCGGAGGUUCAGUCAAGAAGUAAUGAACGCAUUUGUGACUUUUUCAAAAUACGGGAAACCGGAGCUCGACGGAGUCAACUGGGUGCCUUACACCCCCUGGAACCCCGUGUCCUUGUGGCUUCAACCAGGGAAUUACUCGAUGCAGCACAACGUGUUCUCCGGAAACUGCCACUACUGGGAACAGUUUCUACAAUGACCAUCUACAAGUCCAUUAGUCCUUACCGAGCCUUCAAUAAAUAUCCCGGAGAA